AUGAAUACGGAAUUGAAGAAGGAAUUCAUACGGCUCAUUAGAGAGGAAGAAAUGCUGUGGAACACGGAAUGCAGAGAUUAUUACCGUUUGGAUAAGAAGAAUUUGGCUUGGUCGAGGAUCUUAACUGCACUGGAAAGAAAAGGGUUUCGAGGCGGAUUGCUGGACUUGAAAGCAAGCUGGAAAGGACUGCGUGAUACGAAGCGGAGGUACUCUCUGCAACAACCAAAUCCUUCCGGAAGACAGUGGGUGUUCGAAAAGGACUUGGAAUUCUUGGAUGUUGGAAGAAAUGAACCGGUUCAAUUUUCACCUCAAGUUGACAACGAAUCGAAAGUUAACAGCCUAGUCGACAGUCCUCGCAGUUCUGCCACCCCGGAAGAAAUGGCUGAGGAAGGCGCUGACGCUGAUGAUACGAAUGAAACGUUUUUUGUACCGGUUUCUGAAAUGGGUGGCGACAAGAGUCCAGAGAAUGGUUCCGAGCCUCCACGAAAACGAAGUUACGGCGGAGGUUUCAAUUCAAAAAAGAAGAAAAUGGACUCUCUCCAGGAAGGUCUGGAAAUGAUACGUGAAAUCACAGCUUCUUUGAGACAGAGGUUAUCGGCUGCAUCCAUGGAUAAAUAUGACCGAUACGGUGCCUUCAUUGCUUCUUCACUCCGAGAAAUGCCGGAACCUGCAUCACAACGUAAAAUGGCUCAACUAAUGGACUGCUUGUUGAAUCAAGGGAAUCGUAGUGGUUCUUAA